GCCGCGAGCAGGCAUGAAGACCCCGUUUGGAAAGGCGGCUACAGGGCAGCGGUCCAGGACAGGCGCAGGACACACCAGUAUGUCUGUUACCAUGAUGAAGAGGAAGGCUGCACACAAAAAGAAUAGGAGCAGACCCACGUCCCAGCCUCAGAGGAACAUAGUGGGCUGCAGAAUUCAGCACGGAUGGAAAGACGGAGAUGAACCUCUAACACAGUGGAAGGGAACUGUUCUGGAUCAGGUACCUGUAAAUCCCUCUCUGUAUCUUAUCAAAUAUGAUGGAUUUGAUUGUGUUUAUGGAUUGGAACUUCAUAGAGAUGAAAGAGUGUCAUCACUUGAAGUCCUUCCUAAUAGAGUUGCAUCAUCUAGAAUCAGUGAUACACACUUAGCAGACAUCAUGAUUGGCAAAGCAGUGGAACAUAUUUUUGAGACAGAGGAAGGGUCCAAAAAUGAAUGGAGGGGGAUGGUCUUAGCUCAGGCGCCUGUCAUGAACACAUGGUUUUACAUUACCUAUGAGAAAGAUCCUGUAUUGUAUAUGUAUCAGCUCUUAGAUGAUUAUAAAGACGGUGACCUCCGCAUCCUUCAAGAUUCCAAUGAUCCUCCUCCCGCAGAGAGGGAGCCAGGAGAAGUUGUAGACAGCCUAGUAGGCAAACAGGUGGAAUAUGCCAAAGACGAUGGCUCCAAGAGAACUGGCAUGGUCAUUCAUCAGGUAGAAGCGAAACCCUCUGUGUACUUCAUCAAAUUUGAUGAUGAUUUCCAUAUCUAUGUCUACGAUUUGGUAAAAACAUCUUAGAGGUCAUCUUGAGAUUUGCCAAAUACGUGAGACUCUGUAAAAUCUGUAAACACAAAAAGUCUUGAUUGCUUUCCAGUUUGUAAGAACCAUCUUCCUUUUUGCACAUUUUUGCCUGGCAAAAGAAUUGGAACUUACAUCCUAAGAGAUGUUUUUGGAAGAAACUUUUUGCCUUUCUCUUCAAUCUUUUGACUGGCUCCUCUCCACAGGAGAGUGAUUAAUUUAACUGAUUAGUGAGAAGGGUAAAGUCUGACAUCCAUUGGUCCACAUUUUCAUCUUCAGUGGUGUUAAUAGGUUAAAGGUAGCUGAACACCUCUCACCUCACUCUUUGGCACUUGGACUCUCUGCACUCACUGAGGUGUGAAGCUUCCUGAGAUAUCCUGUGUGACUGGCUGGGUAAGUGUGUUUGCAAUCUCAAAUCCCACCCCCACCCCACCCCCAGUGGUUUUUGUAAUGGCUUCAAAAGUCUCAUUUGGGGAGGAGUGGGAAUCUCAUUUUGAUCUCCCAUCCAAGUUGCAUUCUCAAUUCUUCUAACUGUACUAAAAGUAAGGCUGACAUUUUGCUCCCUUUCUGAUUCUUUCUCAACUAGUUCAGAAUCAAGAGGAUAACUACUUUUAAUUUUAGUACAUAUGUAAGCAUAGGCUGAGAAAUCUUACAAAAUUAAUGAGGGCAAGCAUUUGGGGACCAAACUCCAAGUGGAGAAAUCAAGAUUUCUGGUGGAGCUUAAGUGGAAGGUUUUGGUUAUCAAUGACAUUAGGGUCUGUCUUGACUGCAAUAGCUCUGUCUGGUAUCUGCAGACAUGGAGUGGGUUUUAACAGAUGCAGGCUGUUCGGGCUGACUUUAGCACAAGUGGGCUUUGUCAGCUCAGUGGAGCAUUAAGCCAGGCUCUAGAUAGAGUCCUCAGUCACAGGACAAAGGCUGGGUUUAUCAAUGGUUAACCAGGACCUCAAAAUGAAAUAGAAAAAAUUUAGAAUCAGGCUGAGAUACAG